AUGUGCAAAGCCGGAUUUGCCGGAGACGAUGCUCCAAGCGCCGUGUUCCCAUCCAUCGUUGGAAGACCACGUCAUCAAGGAGUCAUGGUCGGUAUGGGACAGAAGGACUCGUACGUCGGAGACGAGGCCCAAUCCAAGAGAGGUAUCCUAACUCUCAAGUACCCAAUCGAGCCGGAAUCGUCACCAACUGGAAUGGAGAAUAUGGAGAAGAUCUGGCAUCACACCUUCUACAACGAACUUCGUGUUGCCCCAGAAGAGCAUCCAGUCCUCCUCACCGAAGCACCACUUAACCCAAAGGCUAAUCGUGAAAAGAUGACCAAAAUCAUGUUCCAAACGUUCAACACCCCAGACAUGUACGUCGCAAUUCAAGCUGUCCUGUCACUCUACUCUUCCGGACGUACCACCGGUAUCGUUCUCGAUUCUGGAGAUGGUAUCACCCACACUGUCCCAAUCUACGAGGGAUACGCUCUCCCACACGCCAUCCACCGUCUCGAUUUGGCCGGACGGGAUCUCACUGAUUACCUCAUGAAGAUCCUCACCGAACGUGGUUACUCUUUCACCACAUCCGCCGAACGUGAGAUCGUCCGUGACAUCAAGGAAAAGCUUUGCUACAUCGCCCUCGACUUCGAGCAAGAGAUGGCCACAGCUUCUUCUUCCUCCUCUCUUGAGAAGUCCUACGAGCUUCCUGACGGACAAGUCAUCAGUGUCGGAAACGAACGUUUCCGUUGCCCAGAGGCUCUCUUCCAGCCAUCCUUCUUGGGUAUGGAGUCCGCCGGAAUCCACCAGACUUCUUACAAUUCGAUCAUGAAGUGCGACAUCGAUAUCCGCAAGGACUUAUUCGCCAACACCGUUCUCUCCGGAGGAACCACGAUGUACCCAGGAAUUGCUGAUCGCAUGCAGAAGGAAAUCGCCGCUCUUGCCCCAUCAGCCAUGAAGAUCAAGAUCAUCGCCCCACCGGAGCGCAAGUAUUCCGUUUGGAUGGGUGGAUCUAUCCUUGCCUCGCUCUCCAGCUUCCAAGAGAUGUGGAUGCUCUUCUGGGGCAACACGAAGUUCGUUGUAGAAGGUGUGAUGCCAGAUCUUCUCCAUAUUCUCCAUUCCAGUUGGUGA